GAAAUCCUCAACGAAAAGUCCCAGAUCAAGAUCUGGUUCCAGAAUAAGAGGGCCAAGAUAAAGAAGGCUUCCGGCCUGAAGAACGGACUGGCCCUCCACCUGAUAUGGCCCAGGGACUGUACAAACACUCCACCACCACGGUGCAGGACAAGGAGGAGAGCGACUGACCCCCCCACCCCCACCCCAAUAUAA